AUUUCUGUCCCACCCGGGUUCGAAUACGGAAUUCUCAAUUGUGAGUCGAGAACAAACCUGACUGUACUACCGGGACCCAAAGCAGUACAGUAAUGCAGUUCAUUCUAUAUAUUUGAUCCAAAGAAUUAUUAACCUUUUUUACACCAGACUAAAGUCAUCAUGGGGAAUCAGCUGGCGGGCAUUGCCCCCUCGCAGAUAUUCCCAGUGGAGACUUAUCUCUCGGAUCUUCCAGACAUUCAAUAUGAAGCAAGCUUAGGGAGUACACGCUUUUUGAAGGUGGCCAAAUGCCAGACGUGGGAAGGCUUGGUGGUUGUAAAAGUAUUUGUUAUUCAUGAUCAAUCCCUUCAGCUCCCCAUUUACAAGAAAAUGGUUGAAGAAGUAUCUACAAAACUUAUUACGGCUGCAAAUUGUCUCCAAUUUCACUAUUUAAAGGUGACGGAAAAGGCUGGAUUGAUGUUCAGACAAUAUGUGAAGAGUAAUCUGUAUGACAGAAUAUCCACACGACCCUUCCUAACGUCAAUUGAAAAAAAAUGGCUGGCAUUUCAGAUCCUGUGUGCACUUAAUCAAUCUCACCAACAGGGGCAGGUUUGUCAUGGAGACAUCAAAUUAGAAAAUGUUAUGGUGUCUUCAUGGAAUUGGCUUCUACUGGCUGACUUUGCAACCAUCAAGCCUACGUUGCUUCCCGAGGAUGAUCCAGCAGAUUUUACAUAUUACUUUGACACUUCCCGCAGACGAACAUGCUACGUUGCACCUGAAAGGUUUAUCAAGACUCUGCAGAUGGAUGCCAACCAGCUGAUGUUGGAAGUGAAAGACAAAGGGCAUCUCACACCAGCUAUGGAUGUUUUUUCAGCUGGGUGCUGUUUGGCUGAAUUAUUCACCGAAGGAUAUGCACCCUUCGAUCUAACUCAGCUUCUGGCAUAUCGAGUUGGUGACUACUACCCCAAUAAAGUGCUUGACAAGAUAGAUGAACCUAGAGUCAAGGCUUUGGUUGAGCAUAUGAUCCAGAGGGAUCCUAGCAGUAGACACACUGUUGCAGAGUACCUGGAGCAGGAGAGGGGAGCCACAUUUCCUGAACAUUUCUACACAUUCCUCUGGCCAUUUCUCAAGCAGUUUGCAGUUACACCGAUCAUGCCUCCUGAUGACAAGAUCAGACAGAUAAAAAAUUGCUUAACUGAUAUAUUAAUAGCACUGGGGGCCGAAAAUGAAGCGUCUAAAAACAAUGAAGACAUGGAAGAGGAAAAAGAGAAGUCAGAUUUGGAGAAGCCAGAGAAGAAGUGUGAAGCUCUCAUCAUUAUUGCCUCUCUGAUCACCUCCUCUCUCAGAGCUUUGCAUUUCACAUCUUCAAAACUGGAUGCUUUGCAACUCUUAGGAAAAGUAUCCCAGUAUGUGCCGGACGAGAUCAUUCUGGAUCGGAUAUUACCCUACACUUUUCAGCUUCUGCAUGACGGUGAACCACGUGUACGCGUGUUUGCGCUCUAUACACUCACUCACUGCCUCACUCUGGUCUCAAGUGUACCCAGAUCAGAUGCUAACAUAUUCCCCGAGUACAUCCUUCCUAAUCUUGCUGAUAUCACCCAAGAUGAAGCGGUCAUUGUACGACAGGCAUAUGCAGAAAAUAUUGCAACUAUAGCAGAAACAGCUUUGAGGUUUCUAGAGUACAGUCAACUUCAGGGAAUGAUGACUUCCUGCAGUUACGAAACAGAAUUAGCAACGCUGCAAGAGGUUAUUCAGCAGAAGGUGGCAACAAUGUUCUCAGAUGCUUCAAACGUGGUGAAACGAACUCUCAUGGAGAAGACUGUCACCAAACUUUGUGUAUUCUUUGGUAAACAGAAAGCGAAUGAUGUGCUGCUAUCCCAUAUGAUAACAUUUCUGAACGACAAACAUGAUCGUCAUCUUCGACUGUCAUUCUUUACUAGCAUUGUCGGUGUAGCAGCUUACAUAGGGUGUCAUUGUGCUGAUAUUCUCAGGCCUCUUUUGCUCCAGGGACUUAGUGAUUCAGAAGAGUCUGUGAUUGUUGCUGCAAUAGAGGCUAUGACAUCACUGACUGAGCUAGGCCUCUUUCCCACCCAUCUUCAGUGUGACCUCUUGACCCAUACGGCACCACUUCUAAUUCACCCUAAUCUCUGGAUACGGCAAGCAGUUGUUGGCUUGCUGAGUGUGGUAGCCAAACUGCUUCCUCUGGUGGACGUUCAAACAGCAGUUGUGCCCAGAGUGCAGCCAUUCCUAAUGAAGCCUCUGCUGCAGUUGCAUCGAGAAAUAUGUGUUCUGUCGUGCUUGCGGCCAUCUAUAUCACGGGAAGUUUAUGAUGCAUUAGUGAAAUGUUCAGAUGUUGGCCAAAUCCUAUCGCUUCUUCAGGAGGCUCGACAACAAAAUGUUCCGCUGGCGCAGCUGCCCUCCAGUCUCUCUCACUUGGAUCAUUCUACUAGGAAUCUGUUGCGACGUUUGGUGGGUGGAGGACUAGUCGAAGAUAACGUUGAGCAGUUGCUGCUAAUGCGCGAUCAUCUCUCUAAACUUCAGAGGCAGAAGAAGGCAACGGAAGCUACUCGCAACGACUCGCAUCAGCAACAACAGCUCUUGGGCGUGAUAAACAUUGAAGGUCUGAAGAAAGUGGUGCCCACUCAUCACUGUGAUCUGAUGCCAGAGGAUGGGUCUAUUGACAUUUCGACUCUAAGUCUCUCUCAGAGGGGAAUGGUACAAUCUCCAAGUAUGACUAUGAAUGAGGAAUGGCAAGCGAUGUUUGGAACAGCAGAGGAUCAUAGUGCACUUAGUAGAGCAACUGAUAACAGAUCUGUUUCUCCAGUGGAGCCAGACCCAGCUUCUCGAACAGUCCCCGUCACCAAGUUACCUUCAGUAGAUGGAGAAAAUAAAGGGAUUAUUAAAUGUAUAUCAAGUUGCAAGUUGGAGCUGGAAAACCUCGUAGCAAUGAAACGUGAAGAGCAUUUAGUGUGCGUCAAAAAACACCGUGCUAUGGAAACACUCGCAUGGGACACCAGAUUGCCUCCUCCAGGCUGGAGACCACGAGGACAUCUUGUGGCCCACUUACAUGAACACAGAGGAGCUGUCAAUAGACUUGUGUCAAUUGGUGAUACCUCAUUAUAUGCCAGUUGUUCAAAUGAUGGAACAAUAAAAAUAUGGGACUGUAACCGUAUUGAAAGAAAAUUUUCCAUCAAUAGAUCAAAGGUCACUUACAACAGGCAGAGUGGACUCAUCACAUCAAUGGCUGCGUGUCUCGCACACCAGAGUCUGGCUUCCGCAGCUAAUAAUGGCUCAAUACAUGUUAUUAAAUUAGAAAAAAUGAGCCUGAUAAAUAGCAGGCAACUUAAUACUGAAGAGGAUGGUUAUGUUGUAGAUAUGAACUAUUUUGAUACAGGAUCUCAGUCUGUUUUGACUUACGCAACAGUAUUUGGCUCCAUAGUGGGUUGGGAUCUGCGCGCUCCCGGCACUGCGUGGAAACUGGAAAAUGGUCCACGGAAAGGAGUUAUUACAUCAUAUGCAUUAGAGGGAACACAGAGUUGGCUUGUGGCAGGGACUAGCAGUGGUCAUCAUGUGUGCUGGGAUCUGCGGUUCAUGCUCCCAAUCUCCACCAUUACUCAUCCAAGAGGGGCUGGUGUGCGUCGAGUGAGCAUGCAUCCAAAGGAAGAUUCUUGGGUGGUGUCUGCUGUUAGCGGUAACAAUGAAAUAUCCAUGUGGGAUAUGGAAACACAGUCGAGGCACAUGACACUCUGGGGCAGUCCCAGGCCGCCACUUACAACAGUACAGAUAUCCAACAACAGUGUAUGUAGCAUGUACGUUAGUCAGGGAGACAGAGGCCCAUACGUGCUAGCAGGUGGCACAGAUGGUAGACUACGUUACUGGGAUCUUUGUGAACCAGAAUCUUCAUAUAUUGUUUGCCAUGCUGCCAAUGACCCUUAUUUACAAUGGCCAAUAUCAUACAGCUCCCGUGUUGUUGAUGGGACGGAAGUUAUUGUAGAAAGUGCGAACAAACCUCAUACGACACCUUCCAGUAGUGACGAUACACCCAAGAGAGGGCCGGACCAGCCACCACCUGGCCACAAAGACAUUAUUACAGAUGUGAUUGUUAUGAAUGAACCUCAACGACUAGUCAUUACCUCUGGCAGAGACGGAACUAUAAAGAUGUGGAAAUAAAAUUCGGCAGGUUAAUUCCUUUUAUCUCAAGUGUGAUUGUGUUAAACUAAGAGUUAACUGUGAUUUUACUUUUAUAUUGUACAGUGGAGCAACUUUAUAGUUUAAUUUAAAUUUUUUAGUUGUUUUAAUGAAGUCUUAAGUUAGCAAGUACAAGAUUUGUAUGCCUACUGACUAUUAAAUUGUUAAAGUAACAUGAUCUGUAUUAAUCGGAAACUUUAUUCAGUGUUCUUCAUUUGCUAUGCAUUAAAUUUUUAUUUAAUCUUAAGAUAUUAAGGUGUCUUGAGUGCUAAAUAACCUUAGAUUCCAGCACUUUUGCUAUAAGUUCUUCAUAAUAGUACUAAUGUGACCUGAGAUGUGAUGAAAUUUAUUUCAUCAUUCCAUUUGUAUAUAAACUCAUCCUAGUCAUUCUCAUUAUUCUACUGGUCACUCAAACAUGAUUCAUGUUCAAUUAUACUGUUCUAAUUUG